UUGGUUGAUAAUUUGCCGAAUGUGAUAUAAUUUGCAAUACUCUAUUCCGACAGGUGGCGGUAAUACAUCUCAAUGUCAGACGUCAAACCUCUUUAACGUGGGAAGAAGAGGUUUUCCACCAAUCACUUGUCGCGGCUCACAAUUCAAACCGUCAAUUGAGGAAGAAGUGAGCUUAAUUAAAACGGUAAUUUCAGAGCAAACAAACAAAAAAAGCUCUUCGCGAAGAUUAAAGUAUGUCGGUAGGUCAAACUGUGGUUUGCUUUUAAGUAUACCGCCAGACUACAGACACUCAAGUUAGCCCGAUGGGUGCUAACUAGCGAGCUAAAUUAACUAGCAAGCUCAUCUUUAGCUUAGCCGUUUGUUUUGAGUCGGGGGGAUAACUUCAGAAGCCCAUGGCGAGAGAACGAGUCCUAAAGAAGUCCUUCCAGCAAAGCCUGGAGGACAUUAAAGAGAGGAUGAAGGAAAAGAGGACCAAACGGCUGGCCAGUGUCUCAAUCCCCAGCAGAGGACGAUCCAGAAUGAUCAGCAGAACCACUGGGGAUAACAACAGAUAUACCAUCUUAAAAGGAGUCCAGGCAAACAACAAGGCUUUGGCCAUUGCCCUACAAGCAGAGAAGGAGAAAGUACGACAGGCUAAUGCAGUGAUCCUGCAGCUGAAGAGGGAACAACAGGCCAUUUUCCUUCAUCUACUGCUGCUCAAGAGGAAGCUCAAAGAACAGGAAGCUCUGGAAGCAAAUGCUUUAGAUUCUAAUCCUACAAACAUCCUUGUGCAAGAAAACCUUCAAGAUUCACCAAGGAAAAAACGGAUCAGCCAGGCACUUGAACAGGCUGUGACGUAUGACACGUCAACCGCCUAUAAAGAUCCUCAGGUCCCUAAUAAAUAUGAACAACAUGACUUUGAACAACAGUUUAUCUUGCCUCCUACCGUGGGGGUGAGGCGACAGCAUGCUGAUAGACAAAGCAGGAGGAGGUCCGAGCAUGUCCGAGAACGGAGGUCGUUGAGUGAAGUGGAGCCCGUUUUACCUUUGGAAGCUGUUGCAGAUGUUCCUGCAGGCUUGGAAACUUUAACAGCAAGUCCUAUUUACAGUGACAGUAGAAAGCACAAACAAACACAGCAGGAAGGGGGAUCAGAAUUGACAGAUCCCACCGGGUCGGGCGAGUUUCAGCACUCUACCCCAGAGCAUGUCCCACCUAAAGCUGUCAAACAGCAGCCUUCCAGGAAACAAACUCAGCUGCAGCCUCAUACCAAACCAGAAGUGACUGUUCAGAAAUCUGAGAGAGGUCGCAAACCAGACCGUGCACCACUAAAAAAACCUUGGGAGAAUCCCAAACCCAGGGCCCGCUCUAAAAGACGGAACAAGUCAGCCACACAGACUAAAACAGCCCCUCUGCUGCAGGGUAAUAAGCUCAACACUUCCGUAGGAUGUAAUGACACGUUUGAUUUCGACUGUGAAGAGAGUGUUCACCUCACACCCUUCAGGGCCAAGGCUGAGGAAACUCAGGCGGCCGAGUCAGUCUGUGAAGUGGCUCCACAGAGAUCCCCGACCCCAACAGAGCCUCAGCUUGUCCUUUCCAAAGAGGAUGACUCCAGCCUGUGUUCACCAAGUUCUGAGUCAGAGGGCAGCAUUUAUGUUCCCCAGAGGGCUCGAAGAAGACAAAGUUCCCCUGAAAAAGCCAAAGUGAUCACGACUCGUAGAAGCCGGCUGUCUACAGUAACCAGGAGGAAAGAAAAUGUCCCUUCAAAACAGGAGAUCACUGUCUUUAGGGAUGAGGCAAGCCCUAAGAGUGUAGAACCUGAGAAAGAAGUGCGUGUCCUGAAGUCCACUAACUGUGUUGCUGAAAGUCCUGACCCAGUCAGGUUGGGACAGGAAAAUCAUAAUGAAAUGGCGAUGGAUGGUUUGCUCCCCGUCAGUCCUCUAGUUGAAGCUGAGAUGAUGCGAAUAGACAACGUCCUGUCUAAUUUUGAAAAUUCCUCCAGUAACGCUCCACCUCAUUUGCCCAGACAAACAGCCUGCAUGGUCAAGACGGGCAACAAGCGUGGGCUUGGUGUAAGGACAGCAGGGCGGGGCUUGAGUCUAUGUGAUGUGACCAAUCUGUCCCCUGCAGCAUACCGUCGGUUUCCUUCCACCGGGUCACGCCCCUCUGAUGCCCGAUGUUCCACCCCGAUCCCUGCACGCAAGCGGCGCUGCACCACGAUGGUGGACUACAAAGAGCCCUCUUUAAAUGCGAAACUUCGGCGAGGAGACAAGUUUACAGACUUGCAGUUCCUCCGCUCUCCUAUUUUCAAGCAAAAGUCUGGCAGGAGGUCAGCGCAGAAAUCAAGAGAGUCGAUGAAAAGCCAGCAGUCAUUUGAGAAAUUCAAUGAGUCAUUUGUUGGAUGCUGCUGAAAGCAGAAGCUUUGUCCUCUGAACUCUUCAGUAUUGGCUGAUAUUAUGUACAUUAAUAUGAGUUUGAGAAGGGAUUUUUGUAAUUCUUUGUCUUAAAUCUUUUCAGACUUCCCCACAAACGUAGCUUUAGUCAUUCCUCAUCAUCACUGAAUAUGUGCCGAGAAUUUUUUAUUUUUUUUAAUUCUGUCACGUAUUCUACUUGGAAAACUGUGACUUUCAUAUUUUAAUUGCAUGUAGUCGCUUAAUGUUUCUCCAGCUGCAUCUUUUAGCAAUCCUCUACGACAAACGAUUGACAAUAAAUUUAAUUUCCUCUGUUAAUUCAUACUUAUUUGUGAGAGAAUGAAUUGUGUCUCUGGGU